AUGGUUCAGGAUGCGUAUGGGGUGCAUUCUGAUUUUGAAUUUGGUAAUAAUGUUGAAGAAGCUCCCAAUGCUGAAUGUAGAAUUUUCUUUGAACAAUUGGAAACUGCUAGUCGGCCUUUAUAUGAGGGGAGUCCUCACUCCCAGUUGUUUAUUGCUCUUAGGUUAUUAAGUAUCAAAUCAGAUUGGAAUGUUUCUCAAGGGGAAAUGGACUCUGUUAUUGACCUUAUCCAUGAUUUAGUUGACGCAAAACUAGAGAUACAUGAUAAUUUCUACAAGGCAAAGAGGUUGGUGUCAAAAUUAGGACUGUCAUCGAUGAGAAUCCAUUGUUAUGAAAAUGGUUGCAUGUUAUACUGUAAGGAUGAUAUUGAUCUAGAAUGGUGUAAGUUUUGUGGAAAAUCUAGGUAUAAGCUUGGUCCUAAUGGGAAGAAAGUAGUUGUUAAGGCGAUGCAUUACUUACCUCUUAUACCAAGGUUAAAGAGGUUGUAUGCAUCAAAUAGCUCUGCUCCUUAUAUGAGAUGGCACCAUGAAAAUAGAAGACCACCUGGUAUUAUGUGUCAUCCAUCCGAUAGAGAGGCUUGGAAGCAUUUUGAUAGAACUUAUCCCGAUUUCGCAGCAGAACCACGAAAUAUUAGAUUGGGUUUAUGUUCAAAUGGAUUCACUCCACAUUCUAUUUCUGCUGCACCUUAUUCUUGUUGGCCUGUAUUUUUAACACCAUAUAAUCUUCCACCUGAGAUGUGUAAUACCAGUCAAUAUAUAUUUCUGAAUUUUGUCAUUCCUAGCCCCCGCAAUCCAAAAUUCUUGAUUGAUGUGUACUUGCAACCUUUGAUAAAUGAAUUGAAACAAUUGUGGAUUCAAGAGGUUGAAACAUUUGAUGUGUCUCUUAAGCAAAAUUUUAAAUUGCGGGCUUCCUUAAUGUGGACUAUUAAUGAUUUUCCUGCGUAUGGAAUGUUGUCAGGGUGGAUGACAGCUGGAAAGUUAGCUUGUCCUUACUAUAUGGAAAAUACUAAAUCAUUCACUUUAAAGCAUGGUCGGAAAAACUCUUGGUUUGACUAUCAUCGUCCGUUCUUGCCAAUGGAUCAUGAAUUUAGGAAUAUGAAAAAUGCAUUAAAAAAGAAUACUGUUGAAAGAGGAUGA